AUGGGUCAAUCAACAUCAAAAUUUUUUGGUAAAAAAAAUGAUAAAAAUGUUGCUGUUAAAGGAAAUACAUAUAAAGAUGAUAGAAAAAAUGAUCAAAUAGAAUUUGAUAAAGAACCACCAACUUUAACGUUCUCGGUAAUUGAUGCUCAUAGGUUUAUUGAAGGUCGAAGAUUUCGUAUUGCCACAAAUGUCACUUACACAUUUCCAAGUGACUGUAAAGAAGCUACACGGUUUAAUGAAUCUAUGAAACUUAUGAAACGAUUAUUUGACUCUAGUUAUUCGACUCCUGUUGAAAAAUUAUUAAUAAACGGUGCAAAAGUACUUGAAAUAGGAACUAGUGGCGGAUUUUGGUUGACAGAUAUGUCAAAACAAUACCCGAUGUCAACAUUUUUGGGUUUGGAUACGUCGACCAUUUUUAAUCCGGAGUGUUUACCAGAAAACUGCGCAUUUCUUGAAUAUAAUUAUUUUGAUGAAAUACCAUUUCCUGAAAAUCAUUCAAUAUCUUCUUCAAAAUUCCGUGGAAAUCUAUUUGAUACACAUCUGAUUGAAAUAACUCGAGUAGUCAAGCCCGGAGGCUGGAUAGAGAUAUUCGGAACUCCUAGUGAAAUUGUUAACGCCGGGCCUGCAACUAAAACAUUUGUCGAAUCAAUGCUCAAAUGUUUUCAUUUUAAUGGACUCAAUCCUAAUCUUGUGCGUACUUUUCCUAGAAAGCUAAAAUCCUUAAAUAUUAAAAAUAUUAAAGUGGUUGAAGUACCAUUUUACCUUUCACCCAAUCAUCCCAUCUCAAAAAAUAAGGGGCAAGAAUUACUACUUGCAACCGCAGAAUCCUUAAGAGUAAUGAUUAAACUAACGGUGGGAUAUACUGAUGAAGAGUAUGAUGUAUUAAUAAAAAAUAUCAUCAAAGAAACAGAAACUUUAAAUAUGUACACAGUUUGUGUAAGAACUUUUGGUCAAAAGAGUUUAGACAUUACAUGA